AUGGAUAAAAAAUCCCCCUCAUGUCGAUUUCUGGGGCAUCUUUUUCGCUGUGAUUCUCAUGUCUCGUUCUCGCUGGCCUUUGCAUCAGCUACUAUUCUGGGGAACUAUACACGAGUUGCCUUGAAUGAGCUCUCUUCGUAUGAGCCAUCAUAUAUCGCACCAGGGUCCGUCCUGUGGAGCAAUCUUGUCGCAUGUAUGAUAAUGGGAAUGCUACAAGAUCUUAAGAAGGGAGGCUGGUUUGAACCCGACGAACUCGCGAAAACUUUUGUUGUCCUCACUACUGGGUACUGCGGGGCCUUGUCAUCGUACAGCACAAUGAUGCUUGAGAUGUUUUUGCACUCAACCAGUCUAAUGCCUUCUGAUACCGCGCAGGGGAUGAAACUACCAAACCGAGCGUACGGUAUAAUGGAGUUUUUGUCAGUACUGCUUGUUCAGUUACUCGUUUCAAUGGGCUCGUACAUUUUUGGAAGAAGCUUUGCAAAGAACAUACUACUGUCUCUUGGCCCCGAUAUGGACCUCCCAGAAGAGAAAAACGAACUGGUUCCUGAACCGUCUGUAACUGGAGUUGAAAACUUGUGGACUUACAAGCUUGUGAAGACCUUCCAUUUGAUGCUAUCUAUUGCAGCGCUCCCUCUUACUGCACUAAUUAUUGUUCUCGGUUGCGUUUACGACAACAAUUCAAGGUCCCUUUGGACCUUACCAGAGUUGUUGGCCAUUCCAGCUGGAUUUUUGAGAUAUUACCUGGCAUUAUGGUUCAAUCAAUCUCUUGAGUUUUUCCCGGUAGGUACUUUUUUAGCAAAUCAGCUUGCCGUGAUUACUUUGGCAGUGUUUACUAUGUGUUUGCGCGGCAGAAGCAGCGAACAUUCCUAUGCUCCAAUUGCUAAUACUCUUACCCAAUGCCACAUCCUGACUGCUCUUUCCACGGGGUUUUCCGGGACUUUGAGCACCGUUAGCACUUUCAUUAACGAAGGGUAUCAUUUGCCGCUUGUGAAAGCUUUGAUUUACUACGGCACUUCAAUUUCGUUAUCUUAUUGCAUUCUGGUUAUUAUGUUGGGUUCUCUCGCUUGGACAAGAGGGCUGACGUUGCCUACUUGCUGA